AUGGCGGACGUGUUGAGUGUUCUUCGCCAGUACAACAUCCAGAAAAAAGAAAUCGUCGCCAAAGGAGACGAAGUUAUCUUUGGAGAAUUCUCUUGGCCCAAAAAUGUCAAGACUAACUAUGUCAUUUGGGGGUAUGUUAAUUUUGCUUAUAAAUUGAUGAAUAACUAUUCAAUCGGCCUGUUGUAGCUAGCUAUUGACUAACGUUAGCUGCUAGCCACUGCUGUGUUGCCAAAACUUUUCUUGCGCUGUUUGUAAGGUGCGACUAAUUGCACUGAAAGAUCACACAUGCAGCUAGUUUUUACUGUUAGUUAGGGGGGUUAACUAGCACGUUAACCAUCUAAUUUCAAGCUAACUAACUUGCUUAUUCAAAUGUAUACCGUUGUGGUUCGUUUAGCUAGCUAAGGUUAGCUGCUUAGCUAACAGAACCAUGCCAGGCAAACGUUGUCGUAAGCCAGCUGUCUCGCUUGCAAUGCAAACACGCCAGGUUUAGUCAGCUAACGUUAGUUAGGUAUUAAAACUGCAAUUAAUACGUUUGUCAUUGAGAAUCUGUCCACGAUAGAUUAGCUUGCUAGGUAGCUACAAUAUUGCAGUUAGCUAGCUAUUAUUGAUUUCUGCACGUGACCAUACAUGUCACUAUGUUUGACAUUUCUAGCUUGCCAGGUAGACAUUUACAUUGAAGUCAGGUAGCUAAGUUAGCUAGUAAAGUUCGUUUAGCUAGCUAACUAUCUACCUUUGCCUCCAUAGGUGCUUGCAAGCUAGCUAGCUACAGUAUUUCCUGUUUUUUUUUUUGCAGAACCAGCAGUCUUUCAGCGAUAAUAAAUGUAAUAGUUGGACAAACCCUUAAUCAACCUCAUGCACCUGGACCCAGCAAGUUGGACCAGUUGGAAGUGUCAUUGAAGAGCUGUGACACGGUUGUCCUGGUCACAAUUUGUGUGUAAUGUCAUUAACAAAAUACAGGAUUUAGACUAUUUCUCUAAGCCGGAGCUAUUAAUGCAUACAUUGUGCCUAAAUUCCAGAUUAGUUCCAGAAGAGGGGGCCAAGAUGGAUUUUGCUUUAACAACUGUGGACAAAACUGCUGGUCAAAGCUGAUGAUUUUCACUUUCCAUUUUCAGAACUGGGAAGGAGGGUCAGCCGAAGGAGUACUAUACUCUGGACUCGAUCCUGUUCCUGCUCAACAAUGUGCAUCUCCCUCAUCCAUCCUACGUGCGAAGGGCUGCAGUAAGUCAACUUGUGUCCUCAUUCCAAAAGCUUGUUAGUUAGAAUAUGUGUUGCCUAAUGCUGAAAUGAAUGUCAUGUCUUCUAACCUGGUGUUGCCAGUGGCCUAUUGGCUGUCAUUGUUGGAAGCUUUGUAGUGACCUUUGUAAAUGUUGUAUUUCAUCGUGAUUUACAUGGUUUUAUGAUCACCCUAGACCGAGAACAUUCCAGUUGUCAGAAGACCUGAUCGAAAGGGCUUGCUAUCGUAUCUCAAUGGAGAAAGUUGUAAGUAUGAAUUGAGAAUUAUUUAUGCAGAUUUUAAAAUAUUUGCAUGAAAAUGUCUCCAAUUAGAUGGAAACCUAACUAGGAAAUGAAUUGUGUUGAUUCCAUUGAAAUAAUUGUACUUAAGUGAUAAUGCCGGUGUUUGGAGGAUAUAUUGGCACAGGUGUUGUUCGGCGAGGGCUGCCAAACCGUGCCAAUAUAUCCUCCAAACACUGGCUUCAAGGGCAUUAUAAUUUUUAUACAAAAGUUAGUUAAAUAUCUUGACUUACCAAGACAUUUAUUAGGAAUAAAACACAUCUAGCUACCAUACCAUAAAAAACACAGCAGCACAACGAUUAUUGUUGUUGGGGAGGGAAAAAAAUAAUGUUAUGCCGGAGCAGAAUUCUACUGUCACUUUUUUAAAUUGUCUGAAAAGUUACCAAUUGACAUGUUAUUGUAGCUGUGUUCUACGUCUGUAAAAGGUUGCGGUAGAUAUAACUUCAUUGCCCGGCCCUAGCGGUCAAAUGUAAUAGGACCAUUAUUCUGUUGUAAAUUGACAUGGAAUUUUAGGAUUGUUUCAUAUCGUUUUAACUGAAAAAAUAAAUGUCAGUUUAAACGUGAAGCAACAUGGUCCUUUUGUCAAAUCCCUAUUUUGUACCAUUCCAUCCAUUACAAUGAGCCCGUCCUCCUAUAGCUCCUCCCACCAGCCUGCGUAAAACACUGCAAGUGCUCUGAAUGAUGGCUAAAUUGUAUAACAUGGCUUUGAGUGCUUUUCUCUUUAGAAGUAAAUAGCUGUGUUCGAAUACCCAUAAGAACACACUGUAUACUACAUACUAUUACCGUAUUUUCCGCACUAUAAGGCACACUUAAAAGCCUUUAAUUUUCUCAAAAAACGACAGUGCGCCUUAUAAUCCGGAGCGCUUUAUAUAUGGAUCAAUUGGUUAAUUGGUUGAUCCAUACUGGUUGUACACGGCGCUCAAGGCGCUCUGUCAAAAUGUUUCAGUAUGAAAAACCAAUAAAAACAAUUUAAUAAUAAUGAAAUGUUUCAGUACGACUGGUAAACUACAAAGCCGCAGCAUUACGGCUACCGUAGUCAGUAAACACCGGUACUGUGCUUACUCACAGUCCCACACCACUUGUGUGUGUAUAAAGUCCCCAAAAUGGCACCUUUCAAGAGACACGCUUACGACGCAGAGUUCAAGCUCAAGGCUGUCGGUCACGCAGUAGAAUAUGGGAAUAGAGCAGCAGCGAGAGAAUUCAACAUUAAUGAAUCAAUGGUACGGAAGUGGAGGAAGCAAGAAGAUGACCUGCGCCAAGUAAAGAAGACUAAACAGAGUUUCCGAGGGAACAAAGCGAGAUGGCCACAGUUAGAGGACAAACUCGAACAGUGGGUUGUUGAACAGAGAGCAGCAGGUAGAAGCGUCUCUACAGUCACUAUUCGAAUGAAGGCAACAGCGCUAGCACGGGACAUGAUCAUCGAUGAAUUUCGAGGUGGUCCUUCUUGGUGCUUUCGUUUUAUGAAAAGAUGUAAUCUCUCCAUCCGCACACAAACUACCGUCUCGCAGCAACUGCCAAAAGAUUACCAAGAAAAGCUGGUCACUUUCCGCGCAUACUGCAAAAAGAAGAUCACUGAAAAGAUCUGGCCAGAGCACAUCACCAACAUGGACGAGGUUCCACUCACCUUUGAUAUUCCCGUGAACCGCACUGUGGAGAAAACGGGGACCAGUACGGUGUCUGUACGCACCACAGGGAAUGAGAAGUCAUCCUUCACUGUAGUUCUCGCCUGCCAGGCUAAUGGCCAGAAACUUCCACCCAUGGUUAUUUUCAAGAGGAAGACCUUGCCAAAAGAACUUUCCAGCCGGCGUCGUCAUCAAAGCUAGCCCGAAGGGAUGGAUGGAUGAGGAAAAGAUGAGUGAGUGGCUGAGAGAAAUUUACGUCAAGAGACCGGGUGGCUUUUUCCACACAGCUCCGUCCCUAUUGAUCUACGACUUCAUGCGCGCCCAUAUCUCCGAUGCUGUCCAAAAACAAGUGAAGCAAACUAAUUCGGAGCUUGCCGUCAUUCCGGGUGGAUUAACUAAAGAUCUCCAGCCGCUAGAUAUUGGUGUCAACAGGGCGUUCAAAGCUAGACUGCGAGCUGCGUGGGAGCAGUGGAUGACAGAAGGCGAACACACGUUCACCAAGACAGGGAGACAGCGCCGGGCGACUUACGCCACCAUCUGCCAAUGGAUCGUGGAUGCCUGGGCUGAUAUAUCAGUCUCAACUGUGGUCCAAGCUUUCACGAAGGCAGGAAUAAUCUCUGAACUGCCAGGCAACAGCAGCGACACUGACUCGGAUAAUGACGAGAGGGAGCCGGGCAGGUUGGAUGCCGUAGUCGCCCAACUGUUCAAUUCGGACACUGAAGAAGAAGAAUUCGAGGGAUUCGUGGACGGGGAAUGAACUGAAAAAGUGAGCUUUACGUGUUAUACGUAACUGAACAAUGUUGAGUUAUGCACUAACGUUUGAUUUAGUGGUAUCAGACUGUUUAUUUUACUACGUGUUUACUGAAUCAGGGAAAAGUUCCCCUCCACGUUUGGGAGAAGAGUGAGCAAGGCUGGGAGAUAUUGUUAAUAUGCACAUUAACGUUUGAACAACGUUACCAUUGGAGUGAACGGAGUUGUCAGAACGCUUAAUAAAGUUUGACUUUAUCUGACUGUUUUGUUGACAUUCCCUUUAGCACAGCUCCAUCUAGUGGAUACAUAACGCAACCCCAGUCAAACGUUUGACUGCAGUAUCUUCUAUUCUGUGCGCCCUAUAUAUGAAAACCGUUCUAAAAUAGGCCAUUCAUUGAAGGUGCGCCUUAUAAUCCGGUGCGCCUUAUAGUGCGGAAAAUACGGUAGUUAAUUUUAGUAUACUGUAAACAAAUGGUAUCCUUUCAGUUGAGUGUACUAGCGCUUCGCCUGUCUACCGGAAGUUGAUGCUGUUGCUAUGCAACGUAUUGCUAGCUUGUUAGCAUAGCAAAUUACUAGCUAGACAUCUUACAACUUCAUUAAAAAUGUACAUUGAGAACGCACAAUGACUAUACCGCUAAGCUAAGAAUGACGUGAAUAAUCAAGUCAAUAAACGUUGGGUAGUUAGUUAGCCUAUAGUUAAUAUACUGGCAAGUUUGAUGUAUUAGUAGCCAACCAACAUUAGGUAGCUAGCGAACAUACCGGUACAUACAAGCAACUGCUGUAAUGAUAUGCUAUGCGGUUCGUAAGGCUAACAUAGCAAACAAAUUGGCAGCCAACAUAACGUGUAACAUAACUUAUUUGAAAAGUCAUUACUUUAUUACAUUGCUCAACAUUUUCUUAACAUUUGUCAUAAUUAGUUAAAGCGAUGAGUUUGUAUCUGCUCUCGUCGGAAUUCAGCUGCAUAUUUUCCGCAAUUUUCUUCAAAUCUGAAAAUGUUGUGAAGCCACGGCCAAUUUCGGAAGAAUUGCAUUAUGAGCCCAAAAAGCACAGAAAUAGUGUCCACUGGUUGUAUACUUCGUAUUUUGGCAAAUGUAGUACGGCAUCCGGGAACUUUUGGCAUACUAACUAUAUCCAUACUAUGACCAAUAAACAUAACCGCAGCCGGCCGCGACCGGGAGACUCAUGGGCGGCGCACAAUUGGCCCAGCGUCAUCCAAGGUAGGGGAGGGAAUGGCCGGCAGGGAUGUAGCUCAGUUGAUAGAGCAUGGCGUUUGCAACGCCAGGGUUGUGGGUUCGAUUCCCACGGGGGGCCAGUAUAAAAAUAAUAAUAUGUAUUCACUAACUAAGUCCCUCUGGAUAAGAGCGUCUGCUAAAUGACUAAAAAUGUUUAAAAAAAGAAAUGACUUUGCUUUUAUAAGUGGAGAUCAAGUUUAUAAGUUGCCUGGCUGGGCUGAUGAGACCGUGGAUUGUGCAGUCAGAUGGAACAGAGUAAAUGGCAAUUUUAACGUCAUAGAUUUAGCCGGUGGCAAUUUGUGGAAUAGACACCGGCUGGAAUGCGGUUUUAACCAAUCAGCAUUCAGGAUUAUACCCACCCGUUGUAUAAUAAAGCGUAUUCCCCUUUGAUUUCCCUUCACAGCUACUUCGACAAGUAUCGACAGAAGUGCCCCCAUAGAGAUUGGUUUGCAAAGGCCCACACAAGGUACAGUUUAAGCAUUUUGGAUACUCUUCCAUUGAGUGAUUGGAUGAUUUUAAUCCAUGCAUAUUAGGAAAUAUGUUCUCUUGCAACGGAUAUAUCCACAGUCCAUGCUGUGAGGCCUAAUAUGCCAUUUGUACAUCAUUGGCUUGUUGCACGAAUGUAAAUCAGAUAAGAACUGAAAAGGUUUAGCUUAAUUUUGUAUAGUUGGCUAAUUAUUCUUUUUUUUGCAUCCUCAGUCAAACGAGCAGCAGAUGAGGUGUCAUCUGAAGCCAAAAAACCAAGGAUAGAGGUGAAUUAUAUUUCUUAUUUUACCUGCACUGUUCUGACUCCUCAGCUCAAUAGGAAUUCUCAAUAGAAAUCCUGUUAAACAAGAGGCCAGAUACAGUGCCUUUAGAAAGUAUUCACACCCCUUGACUUUUUCCACAUUUUGUUGUUACAAAGUGGGAUUUAAAUGUCAUUUUUUUGUCAACAAUCCACACAAAAUACUGUAAUGUCAAAGUGGAAGAAAAAUUCUAACAUUAAAAAAUAAAAUAAUUAGGAAAAAUAAAAAACCAAAAUAUCUUGAUUAGAUAAGUAUUCAACCCCCUGAGUCAGUACAUGUUGGUCACCUUUGGCAGCGACUACAUCUGUGAGUCUUUCUGGGUAAGUAUCUGUAAGAGCUUUGCCCACCUGGAUUGUACAAUAGUUACACAUUAUUCUUUUAAAAAGUAUUCAAGUUCUGUCAAGUUGAUCAAUGCUAGACAGCCAUUUUCAAGUCUUGCCAUAGAAAACGGAGCAUUUUACCUUUCUAUAACAUCAUUCUCUAGGAUGAGGAACGAGUGCGUCUGGACAAGGAGCGUCUGGCUGCUCGACUGGAGGGCCACAAAGAGGGCAUUGUGCAAACUGACCAGAUCAGGUAUCCGCGCCUAAACCUGUCCAUCAUCCAGUCUUUGUUUUAAAGUUCAAGAAUAGUAUUUUUUAUUUUUUUUACUGUUCUUCAACAACAUUGUACAACUGGCAGCAACAAGCUGAAUUGCUAUUAAAAUGUACGUAGAUUAAAAAAACUAAACAAAAACACAAACAAAAGAUGUAGGUCCUUAGCAAUGGAAGCUGGUAAUGGUAGCUUAGUGGGUAAGAGCGUUGUGCCAGUAACCGAAAGGUCGCUGGUUCUAAUCCCCGAGCCGACUUGGUGAAAAAUCUGUCGAUGUGCCCUUGAGCAAGGCACUUAACCCUAAUUGCUCCUGUAAGUCGCUCUGGAUAAGAGCGUCUGCUAAAUGACCAAAAAAAAAAAAAAAAAAAAAAAAAAUGUUGGGCCGUUGGCUUGAGCGGAGCAGUCGUAUCACUUUCUUAUGACUAGCAUUAGGAUAGGUAUGAAGGCACUGUCAUUGAACUCCCUAGUUACAGAAAGUGGGCAAUUAUCAAUAAGCCACCAUUGCUGCACACAGGUUUUAAGAUAUUAGCUAACAAAUCCCAUUGAGAGCGGUAACAGACAAAAACACAAACCAGGAACCUUGCUUUAUUCACAAAACUGUGCGUUAUUAAUUGCAUUGCUGCUCAAUCAAACUCGGACAUGAACGUCUACUCAAUCAAAACUUAGCUUUUUAUUAAAAUGAUGAAAAGCUAAAUGAUAAUGUGUUCCUCUCAACUUACCUAGUGAAAUAAGGGUUAACUGAAAUCAUCUCUACCCCCAGGUCACUGUCCGAGGCUAUGUCCGUGGAGAAGAUCGCCGCCAUCAAAGCCAAGAUCAUGGCAAAGAAGCGCUCCACCAUUAAGACAGAUCUGGAUGAGGACAUCACUCUGAAGCAGAGGAGCUUCGUGGACGCUGAGGUGGACGUGACCAGGGACAUUGUCAGCAGGGAGCGGGUGUGGAGGACCAGGACCACCAUCCUACAGAGCACUGGAAAGGUCAGAGGUCAACCCCAUAGACUGGACUGGCUAUGACUGGGGGGGAGGGGUCAUUCUGUAAUUUAGGGAAUGCUUCAUUUCCGGAUAUUAUGAGGAGGAACCCGGCCACAUGGGAAGACACACACACACUCCAUGUAGACGUUACACUUGGGUAACCAUAGCCACCAUAGCACAAAAUUGGCCUUGAAGGGUGGAGGUGAUGAUCCUUAUCCAUAGCUGAUCAAAAAACAUUUAUGCCUGCAGGUGGCAGCAUUCCCACAAGGGAAAUGUUUUGAUUUUGGUGGUGAUAUCUGCUGUUCUGUUAUUAAAAGUGAUGUCUGUGAUUACACAUUUGGCGGAAAACCUCCAUGUAUCAGAAUCUAGGUAACAUUUCUGUAGACACUAAUCUCUCCCCAAUUAUUAAUACCUUUUUUGAUUUAUAUACAUUUGAUUUUAGAACAUUUGUGGGUAGAGUAAGCUCAAAGGAUUGGUUGAUGGAGAUCGCUCUGCAUAUGUCACUGUGCAAUGUUCACAGGAAAGGGUCCUUUGUAGCUUUUCAGUUACACAUCAAAGCUUUUUCUUUGGUUUGAUGUCUCGCCUACCUUUUACACUGUGCUGAUAAAUCUUUUGCUCAUGCAGAACUUCUCUAAAAACAUCUUUGCCAUCCUGCAAUCGGUGAAGGCCAGGGAGGAGGGACGCGGCCCUGAGCAGAGGCCAGCACAGAACACCACUCAGGUGGUAAGGAACAUGUUUAAUUUAAUGCACGUUGUAGAUGUACCACCAUAGUUUGAUUCUGGAUACACACUUUUGCGUUCUAAGAAUCCAGCCAAUGCAUCAUUGUGAAUGAAAUCCGUAACUAGUAAAGGCUCUUGCUGAUGAGUUCUGUAACAUCUAUGAAUACCUCACCUCCCUGUUAUCAUUUCUGAAAGAAAUGGAGCGUGAAAUGAACUUGGUGCUUCUCCAGAAAAAGGUCAAUGACUAUGUAAUCUGUUGAAGCAGGGUUGAGCGUAGUUACAACUCUGCACUUCAUUAUAAUAGUCUCAAUAUGUGGAUAAUUAAUUGGAAAUUACCUGUGUUUUAAGUGUAACCUCUUGCCUCUCCUCAAGGACCCAUCCAUAAGGAACAAACAGCCUGUCCCAGCUGCCUAUAACCGAUACGAUCAGGAGAGAUUCAAAGGAAAAGAGGGUGAGUGGGACCAGGGCACAUUGUCAUUGUGACGUUGUUUCUUUGUAAAUAUGGCCAUUAAUAUUUGUAUUUUGUGUGUGUGCAUGUGCAAAGGAGGCUGUUGGGAGGAGCUAAAGGAGGACUGGCUCAUUGUAAUGGUUGGAAUGGAAUCAAUGGGACGGAGUCACGCGUUGUUGCCAUGCGUUUGAUAUGUUUGGCACUAUGGGUGUGAACGUUUUAAAUGAAAUUGGGAUCCUUAAAGUUAAGAAACUGUUUCUUUGUUUUUUUCCCCCCACUUAAUUAAAAUCACAGUGCAGUUAUCACAAAACAUUAUUUCUGUGUUAUAGUCGAUAAGCUAUAAAGGCCUGGGGAAAGUUGUGUAAUUCAAAUAAAACCAGAGAGGAAGAAGCGUACAAGACAUUGCAAGAUGCCCCUCUCUCUCCCUCGCGCUGGCCUGCCUGCUCUGUCUCUUUGCUAAUGAUGCAAGUGUGUAUUCGGUCUGUUGCGUGUAGUAUAUCCUAGCCUAUUCAUGGCAUGAUGUCGCUGGGCUACAUGGGUGUCUUCGGGCCAGUCUUGCAAGCACGGGGUAGCCUACUAUUUGUUUUUGUCUCAUAAUUUGAAAUUACAGCAGGCUACCGGUAGCCUUUAUAGAUUAACCUUUUCAGACAUAAAGGGAUGUGGCCCCUUGAAAGCACUACGGCAUGUUUGUUUGAAUGUCUGUUAGGGUAGGCAAAAUGUUAAAUGCCAACACGAAACCUUCUCUGGAGAUAUGAACCAGCAUUCUACUUGUAUGUAAAGGAAUGAGGCUUCUGAAGCAGGACUAACAUCAUCACUAGGUGACCAGAACUGUCAAUCAAAUAAUCUUGAGCUGCUGCUGCGCGCAGACUAAUCUCUCCUAAAAAAAGUACUUUUAAAGUUGGUUAAAUAUCUUGACUUACCAAGACAUUUAGUAGGAAUAAAACGCAUCUAGCUACCAUACCAUAAAAAACACAGCAGCACAACGAUUAUUAUUGUUAGGGGAAAAAAAUAGAAUGUUAUACCGGAGCAGAAUUCUACUGUCAAUUUUUUAAAUUGUCUGAAAAGUUACCAAUUGUCGCAAUCGGCAUGAUAUUGUAGCUGUGUUCUAUGUCUGUAAAGGGUUGCGGUAGAUAUAACUUAAUUGCCCGGCCCUAGCGGUCAUAUGUAAUAGGACCAUUAUUCUGUGUUGUAUAUUGACAUGGAAUUUUAGGAUUGUUUCAUGUCGUUUUAACUGGAAAAAUAAAUGUCAGUUUAAACGUGAAGCAACAUGGUCCUUUUGUCAAAUCCCUAUUUGGUACCAUUCCAUCCAUUACAAUGAGCCCGUCCUCCUAUAGCUCCUCCCACCAGCCUGCGUAAAACACUGCAAGUGCUCUGAAUGAUGGCUAAAUUGUAUAACAUGGCUUUGAGUGCUUUUCUCUUUAGAAGUAAAUAGCUGUGUUCGAAUACCCAUACGAACAUACUGUAUACUACAUACUAUUAGUUAAUUUUAGUAUACUGUAAACAAAUGGUAUCCUUUCAGUUGAGUGUACUAGCACUUCGCCAGUCUACCGGAAGUUGACGCUGUUACUAUGCAACUUAUUGCUAGCUUGUUAGCAUAGCAAAUUACUAGCUAGACAUUUUUACAUUUAAGUCAUUUAGCAGAUGCUCUUAUCCAGAGCGACUUACAAAUUGGUGCAUUCAACUUUUUUUAAAAUUAGGAUUACUGUUAUACCAUUCCAGGUAUUCCUUAAAGAGGUUGGUUUCAAGUGUCUCCGGAAGGUGUUCAGUGACUUCGCUGUCCUAGCGUCGUUGGGAACUUGUUCCACCAUUGGGGUACCAGAGCAGCGAAUAGUUCACAACAGAUAUCUUACGACUUCAUUAACGAUGUCCAUUGAGAACGCACAAUGACUAUACCGCUAAGCUAAGAAUGACCUGAAUAAUCAAGUCAAUAAACGUUGGGUAGUUAGUUAGCCUAUAGUUAAUUUGCUGGCAAGUUUCAAGUAUUAGUAGCCAACUAACAUUAGGUAGCUAGCGAACAUACUGGUUCAUACAAGCAACUGCUGUAAUGAUAUGCUAUGCGGUUCGUAAGGCUAACGUAGCAAACAAAUUGUCAGCCAACGUAACGUGUAACGUAACUUAUUUGAAAAGUCAUUACUUUAUUACAUUGCUCAACAUUUUCUUAACAUUUGUCAUAAUUAGUUAAAGCGAUGAGUUUGUAUCCGCUCUCGUCGGAAUUCGGCUGCAUAUUUUCCGCAAUUUUCUUCAAAUCUGAAAAUGUUGUGAAGCCAUGCCCGUUUUCGGAAGAAUUGCAUUAUGAGCCCAAAAAGCACAGAAAUAGUGUCCACUGGUUGUAUACUUCGUAUUUUGGCAAAUGUAGUACAACAUCCGGGAACUUUUGGCAUACUAACUAUAUCCAUACUAUGACCAAUAAACAUACUACAUACUCAAUUUACUUCACAAAUAGAGCAGUUAGUAUUACUAUUUGAACACUCAGUUACAGUGGUGGUUCUAUUUAGGCUUGUUUAAUUAUGAUGCGGUUCAUAUUGUUUAUGAGGCAGCAUAGGCAUACAUGGUUCUCUUUCAAAUACUUAUUUCGAUCUAUCACAUUGGGAUUUGCUCUGGGAAUCACUACUAGGAGGAACCAAUCACACAGCGUCUGUCGGAGAUAGACCGGUCGAGUGGCGAAUGAGGUGUGCCCCUGUCUUCAAGGCGCCACUCGCCUGCCCUCUGGUCAUUCUCGCCUCUCUUCCUUGCGAAGAGCACUACUCUCCUGAAGCUCUCCUCAGCAUGACUUGAUUCCUGUCUUCCUACUUAACUGUUCUCAGGUGAACUGCAAGGUUAACGCUUUCGAACGUAGGAACUUCGCUCUCGUCUUUUGUGUUGAAUAACUGACUGAAAGGAACGUUUUUGCUUCUUGUAGAAUUAUCUCUUUAGCCUUUUCAUUCUACUAAGUCUCCUGUGGUGGCUAGCUACUGAGACUUGGCUAGCUCACGCCGCAAGGCUUAAGCUAACCCAGCUAGCUCGCCGCAAGGCCAGCUAUACCACCAAACUGCUAUUCUGACCUGGAAAGCUAGAAUUGCUAUCUCUCCUCGCUCGUUUAGUUCAACCCACGUUGUUCCCUUGUGUCAUGUUGACUAGACUGACCGACCUAGCUACACAGAGAUGCUUUGUUCGUCGAGAGACAAAGAAAGCACACACUUUCUCUGGUUGGCAUUGUGCCAAGUAGCUAGGCUAUUAGCCCACGCUGCAAAGCAUAGCUAACUUGGCUAGCUCGUUACAAAGCCAGCUAACCAUACUAGCCUUCCUACGAGCCCAUACAGUAGUAUUACUAGCUCCCUUCUCUCCUUUAGUUCAACCUAUGUUCAAUCAUUUGUGUUAACUAGACCGACCAGUUUAGCCUCACAGCAUUACGGUCGGGGGAGAAUAUCAGCCAAAGUCAAAUGCACCCACACGUUUUCCUUCGGCUAUCACUGUGCAAUCUAUAACUUACCAUGAGGUAGUUGCUAGCUAACGCCGACACUAGCCCCACGGCUAUAGCGUUUUUAUUCUUCUACGAAUUAGGGACGUAGGAAGGGUAACAGUGGCGUGACCGCGGCCCAACCUGACUCCCCGGUUCAACGAAAUAUGGCCACGGCUACCCCACCUGAGGCAGGCACUCAAACCCCCUCGCUCUUGCGCUGGAGGCUCGAAGAUGCUGGGUUUCGUUGGCUAAACUGACCGGUUACAUCUCACUGUGCUAUUGUCAAGAGACUCUCAAAUCCGAAGAAGCAACACUAUUCACAUGGUUUUCCUCAGCUAACGUGGUGCUAGCUAUAGCUAGGCUAUUAGCCCACUGGGUGAACACUAGCUAGCUAAUACUAAAGCUUCACAACUAAGCAUCGACUAGCACACGCAUAACCCGGUUAGCAAUACUUUUCUCCCGGAGUCAUUAUGGGCCCCCGUACCCCAUGGGAAACAAACAUGCUCGGAAAGCUCUCCAUUGAGUCCCGCAAGUUUUGUAAGGUUUGGGGGGGGAUGCGCCCUAUUCUAGACCUACGGUUCCUCAACGGCUAGCGGAGAAAGUUCACGUUCUUUAUGCUUACGGUCAACGUGCUAUCUCGCUCUAUUCGUUAAGGUUACUGGUUCACUUCAGUCAACCUGCAGGACGCUUAUUUUCCUAUGUAUUCUGCCAACACACAGUAGGUUUCUCAGGUUUGCCUUUUGGGGCACAGCCUACGAAUACCUCGCUGUUCCCUUCGGGCUAGCACUAGCUCCCCAAACAUUUAAGCAAGUGUGUGGAAGCUGCUCUAACACACCUGAGAACCAAGGGGCUAAGAGUCUCUGCCUACAGGCGAUUACCUGCAUUGCUCCCCAUCAAAGGUGCCACAGCUUUCCUUGUAACCCACCUCACCGAGUUACGGUUCAAGGUCAACCAGAAAAAAAGCUUUUUGGUGCCCACACAGAAUAGAAUACCUAGACAUCAAGCUGGAUUCUCUAUCGGGCUACACUAUUAGACAGUCGUUCCAACAGUGCCUCUCCCUGUUCCAUAGGGGGUGUUCGGUCACGCUCCGAACAUGUCUGAGUGCUGGGGUUGAUGGUGUCAACCAUUUGGACCACUGAGAAUGAGAGACUUCCAGCGUUGGGUAUCUGCCCAACGUCUGUGUACACGAUGUCACCUCAAUUGAAAGAUAACGGUAACCUCAAUGUCUCUUGGCUCUCCGUCACUGAAAGAGCCCCUCAACGAGGAAGGUGGUGACGACAGUGAACGGAGAGAUUUUCCACCUUCACCCAAAAACCAUGGCCCUCUGGGCUUGGCCAGUGAGAGGCUGAAUCUGAACACGACAGGCUUGCUGCUGAGUCAUUGACCAUCCAGCAUGCUAGAGCCCCUUCUACACUGUGUGACCAAAAACAGAUAAUUUCUUACCAAUGCUCUGUAUCUGAGGUUUUAUGCUUCUUGCAGGACCUUUUUGACAGAGCGAAGGCUUUCGAUACUGAAGGUCUAUUUAGCAGCUAUCUCGGCCUGUUAUAUAGGCUUUGACAAUAACACCGUAGGGAAACACCCUCUUAUGUUGUUUCAUGAAGGGAGCACGUCUCUUACGCCCAGUCCAACCCUUUAGCCCCGUCUUGGGACCUGUCUAUUGUCCUUGAGGCUAUUUCACAGCAGAAUUUUGAACCGCUGGAAAGCGUGGAGUUGAAAUAUGUCCUGCAAAAUGACUUUAAGCUUACUACAAGCAUUAGCAUUCUGCAUACUUUUUUACUACCUGAAUUUUAAAAUGCUUUAUCAUUCUUUCCACAGCUGUGGGGGCAGUGUUGUCACUUGGUGCCUUGAUCUGGUCUAUACGCUAUUCAUCAAUGUUCAAACAGUAAACCAAACAACAAGAAUCCACCCAAAAAUGUAUUUUGUUUAGAAGAAAUAACUAGUGAUUACAGGCUAUUGUGAAAUGGUAGAACCUGCUGUAGCCAACUAGCUAGCCAUGUGCUUUCUUUCCCCUGUCCAAAACAGGAUGACGUUCUAUUUUUAGCUGAUAUGCUUCUUGUGCAUUCAUUUACAUAUCAAACUGGGAUAAUGUUUUAGGCUACACUGGCAAGUAUAAGAAUAUUUUUUUAAAUUAUAAAUCUGAUUGUUUCACAUGGAGAUGUGGGAAGAUAAAAAAGGCUUGGUAGUUUGCUAUGUUUUUAGACUGCCUAAAGCCAGCUAGCUACUACUAGCAAGGGAAGGUGACUCUUCCUUGCUUUCACAAAAUUAAAAGACAAAAAUAAAAAACAUUGCUAUCGCCCCCUUGUGAGUGGGACUGUUACCAAAAGGUGUCCGCUACUCCAAAAAUCCCACUCCACCCACGUGCAUGCACGUACGUAGAUCAACGGAGUGAAGCUUUACUGUCUCACCUUAGUGAUGGCUUUCUACCCGCCACCCUUCACUUCUACGGAAGAAGUGUCUACACAGUUUAUGUCCAGUACGUGCUUUGCAAGUUUACUUGGAUAGAACGAGAGCUUUACGCAAGAGUGACCAACUUAGUUUCUUGGGCGGCUCCCUGCAAAGGCAGACCCGCCUCUUGUCAACGGCUAUCCCAUUGGAUAGUGGAGGCUAUUAUAUUGGCUUAUAAUAGCAAGGGUUUACAGCCCCCCGAGGGACUGAGGGCUCAUUUCACCAGAGGUAUGGCUACCUCUUGGGCACUGUUCAAAGGCAUCUCUUUACACAAGAUUUCGUUGUGGCAUGUUGGGGCUCCCCACGUACUUUUGAGGUUUUACCGACUGGACGUCACUGCACCUUUGUUGGGGCAUACUGUCCCCAGUGUCCAAGCCUCUAAGGGAUGAUACUGUUGGGACUACCCUGGCUUCGGAGAGCAUGACUGCGAUACGGGUGUUGACCAUAUCCCAAUGUGAUACAUCGAAACAAGUAUUUGGUAGAGAUCUUAGGGUUAAUGUAGUAUUUGAAAGAGAACUUGGGGUUCUCUGAUAAUGAGUGGUAUGUAUCACCGCAAUUCCCUGCUCGCAAGAGCGCAAUGGAAAGGCAUGCUCGAGAAUGACCGGAGGGCGGGUGGAGCCUUGUAAAGAUGGAGGGGCGCACCUCAAUCGCCACUCGACCUGCAAGUCUCCAAUGGAUGCUGUGUGAUUGGUUCUUCCUAGUAGUGAUUCCCUGAGUAAAUUCCAAUGUGAUACAUCUCACUGAUAUUAUCAGAGAACCGCGGUUUCUGUAGCGUGAGGCAGCUUGAUGUACGAGUACACACCCUGGACGCUAGUCUAUCGCAGGGUCUUACCCCCAAUUGAUCGCCUUAAUGCUGUGCCAAGCAGAGAUGCAUCAGGUCGCAUUUCUACGGUCUUUUGGUAUGACUUGGCCGGAUAUCGAAUUCCCAACCUUCUAAUCUCAGGGCAGACACUAUAAACACAAAGCCACGGAGUUGGUUGCAUUGCACACAAUGAAGGCUUAUUAGCUAAAACAUACAUCCGUCUUUGUGAAGUAAAUGUAUAUUUAGAGUGCUGUCCAUUUAAUUUCCAUACACAGUAAUGAAAAAAAAUGUUUAACCAUUUUGAGUCUGGGGGAAAAAAAUCCCUCGAUCCUGACUAGUCUCCCAGUCCCUUCUAUUUUAAUUAGCUAUGUUCAAUUGUAUUCUUCAUACUAUAAAAUAAUGCCACGGAAUUCUAAGCAAAUCUUGUCUGCUAAAUGAACUAGUGUAGCCCACAGCCAUAUGGCAUAGCCAGAUCAGGGCCUAACAUAAGAACAACUCAGAGUGUUCUGUUCUUCUGAAAUAGACUACAUUUUCUUAAUAUAUUGUUUCUUUAGACCCGUCUGAAAUAAUGGAUUUAUUGUGAUGGUGUAAAUAUUUUCAUGGAUGUAUUACUUUAUUUUUUUUAUGUAGAUGUUCCAAAGGUCUCCAUCAGUGGCUUUUAGGCUAUGCGUGGAAGCCAGGAGAUGCUGAAUGUGUUUGUUAAUUAACGGUCAAUUACAGUGAGACAGGCAGUUAUUUUCGUGACAAUCACCGGCUGACAAUUUCAUGACCGCCAUAGCCCUACCCAAGACUACUGAAAAGUAACAUGCAUUACUGAUUGAUUUACUAAUUGUGUCCUUAGAAACGGAGGGAUUCAAGAUUGACACCAUGGGCACCUACCACGGCAUGACACUGAAGUCUGUAACGGUAAGACCAUCUUUCUUCUUUUGCUACCCUAGCUCGCUUAUAGUUUAACACAUAUUUAGUCUAUGCAGGAAUGAAACACGCAACCCCACAGUUGAUUGUCCAAUGUAAGGUUGGGUGGUAUCCUGAUUUUCAUACCAUUCCUUGCGGCGUGUGAGCGAGUGAUAUGGGGAGUGCGGAGGAAGGGGGAAGACUGAGACCAACCAUACCAAGCAGACUCAUACUAGUAGACUAACUUCUAGCUUGUCAUAGCUAGGUUAUGUAUCAUCCAGUUUGAUUACUUAGUACCUGUCUUAAUUGCAUCCACCCGAAAGAAGCUAGUUAGUUAAGCUAGCUAAGUUGGCUGGCUAGCUAGCUAGGCUAAUUGAGGCUGCAUGCACUUUCUCCCUGUUCUACAGUAAAAAAAUAACAACACCUCCAUUAGGCUUGGGCGGUGUCCAGAUUUCCGUACUGUUCUUCUGCCAUCCUGAGAUUAACGGUAUUGUCGGCAUAGGGAUGCUAAAAGGGGGGGGGGGGAAGCCCAUUGUGGCGUUUAUUACCAGAAUGCUAACAAAACUGGCACAAGUAAAGCAAAGACACACAGGCGCCAUUAGCUAAAUGCUAACGAGCGAAAAACUAACAAACUAAUUGCAACGACGGGCAAAUUCAGCUCAUAAAGUUAUACAAGCAUAGCUAGUAGCUACCGAAUGUCAUUUUUGGUGAGUGGACAUUUACAAGCGUGAGAAAUUGUCCUAAUGAACAAAGUUGUGAUGCAUGCUUUUCUGAAGGAAGGGCAACAGGUGUACAAGGAGCAGAGGGGAGAAGAACAGAGGAGGAGAACUUUAGUAGGACUUCUCAAACAUGGCAAAAAGCUGUUAUAAGAUAUCUGAUGGCAAACAUUUAGUAACUUCAUCACCUCGUGCGCUGCACAACAGACUCGCCAAUAGAUAUAGAACGCUAUGGACCCGCUUUCUCUCGUUGUGCUAUUUACAAACAAACACGUGACUGGCUCAACUGUUCUGGGGAACUACAGUAAGCGUUAUAAUGUAAAAUAAUGUGAUUGGUGAAAUAAAGAACGCAAUCUGCUUUAUCUCCUAAUGUAUUUUUUACAAGUUGACUGCAGGUAUUAACUUCAAGUAGCUACAAAUAUUCACAUGUAUAGAAAAACGACAAAUAGUUUUGACACUUGAAAAACCAUCCCGUUGCUUUCUCCAAAUACCCCGGUAUACGGUAUACCACCCAAGCCUAACCUUUUUUGUAGUCUAUCAGUUCGCUCUUGGUCAUUGUAGCAUAUCCUUCUCAAUUAAAGCUGCAAUAUCUAACUUUUUGGGUGACCUGACCAAAUUCACAUAGAAAUGUGAGUUAUAGAUCUGUCAUUCUUAUUGAAAGUAAGUCUCUAAGAAGCAGUAUAUUUGUUCUAUGUGCGCUGUUUCUAUGCUUCCUGUUUUUAAGUCUUGUUUUCAUAUUUUACUAUAGGUUUUGUACACCAGUUUCAAACAGCUGAAAAUACAAUAUUUUUGGAUAUUGAAAAGAUAUUUCACAGCGGUUUAGAUGGUACAAUGAUUCUCUACACCAGGGGUAUUCAACUCUUAACCUACGAGGUCUGGAGCCUGCUGGUUUUCUGUUCUACAACCACCUGGUGUGCCAGGUCUAAAUCAGUCCCUGAUUAGAGGGGAACAAUUGAAAACAAGCAGUGGAACUAGCUUCGCAGUCCAGAGUUGAGUUUAAGGGCUCUACAUGUUUUGUCACACAAACUGAAAUAAGGCGAACUAUUCGAAUUUUAGCAUCCAGGAAAUGGUCCAAGCAAUUUCUGUGUAUUGCACCUUUUAACUUUUAUAAUUCCAUCUUCCAUUAGGUCUGGGCGGUAUACCAUAUUUUACUAUAUACCUGUAUUGAUGCACAGACCGGUUUGACUUUUUACUUUACCUUCUGUAACGGUAUUUCAAUAUUAGUUUUGUAAAUGUUAUACGCAACUCCGGCACGUAUGUCAGUUUUUAUAGUUUUGCCACUUGAGUCGUCUCUCUCGCUCUCCUCCUGCUGCUGCAUGCUGCUGACCACACCCAAGUCCUGCCCCCUGUCACUCAAGGAGGAGCAGUUGCUCGACCAUGGCGUCACGAGCACUUUCUUGCCGUUCACUCUGCAUGGUCAGAUGGAUGCAACAAUGUUGGUGACAUGCUGCUUUCCACAAACGUUCUAUACACUUAGUUUGUAUCUUACUGUCUGCAAACUACUAUCUGCUAGUUUGUAUUUUCUUAGCAAGGUGUUGCUAAAAUCAUUUUUGUUAGCCAGCUAACUAGCGAUUAGUAGCUAUGUAGUUUGCUAAAUGUAGUAAGAGUCAGAUCUAGCUAGCUAGCUAGCUAGCUAGCUAAUACUGCCUGGUGCUGGUAUAGGCCUAGAUACACAUGUUUGUGCAAUGGUAUCUUACCAGAGAGGAAUAGCCGAAGCAUGAUUAUGUUGACUGGCAAGCUACAUGAAGUAAGAAAACAACAUGUAAUGUAACAUCUAAUUAGGGUCACCUGGAAACACUGACCAACACUUUGGGUCCUACCCUCUCAAUAAUUCCUCACUGGUUUAUUACUUAGUUGUCAUGUCAAACAACAAUGUAUUCAAGGUGCUGCCCACUAUAUUCCAAUGAUAGAAUUAGAAUAAUCAUUAUAUUUCCAUGAUUCCAACAGUUCACCAAUUAACUAAGCCUAUAUUUUUCUGCCCAUAUCAUGCUGUGUGUUACAGUGUGGAAAUGAUGAUAAAAGUGCAGGAAAUGUAGAAAUUGGUCAAAAUGCUGAAAAAUAUUUUUUGUUUGGAGUUUUAUUGAACAGUAUAAAUGUAGAAAGCCCCAUUUUGAAAUCACUUAUUUGUGUUGCCACCCUAGGGUCAUGAACUACUCAUAAAGCAUAUUUAAAACUUUUAUUAUUCAAAAACAUCAAAUACCGUCAAAUAUUGUGAUAUAUUUUGUCCAUGUCGCCCAGCCCUAUCUUCCAUUUGACUAGAUAAUCUCUUUACUUGCUUUGCCACACACGGAGGCUCUAUGAUCGUAGUGCCGCGUUGAUGACUUGUGAUUAGCCAACAACAAGCUACAUGCGCCACUCUACAUCGGCUAUUCUCAUUGAGCAGUGGCGACAUACUGUUAACGUUUUUAUCCAAAACUUUGUCCAUCGUCAUUGUAAUCAACUGUGAAGCUAUCGACCCCACCACUCGUCAUCGUACAGAACAAAAUAUAUAUUUUUGAUGUAUUCAUUCGAGUUCGCAGGCGGGCCAAACCGAGGUCCCUUUGCCGAACGGUUCUGUACUAAUACGUGUACCGUUACACCCCUGGAACAAUGCGACCAUGUCUAUGCAACUUUUUUUUAAAUGUUGCUGUCCUUGAUGAAAGGACCCUGUUCAUGUAAAAAUCACAAUACACUGACUGUUUUAAAGCAAAACUAUUUAUUAUGGUGAACCUGAAUCUAAAUAAAUUCUGAAUGUUUGAAAACCCCAAUCAGCAGUUGGAUGUGAGUUGUCCACUCCGGUAAAACACCAUUCUCUACAUUGGUUGUCAUUUCACUAAUAAAGCCUAUGUUUUGACAGUGUGGAAGCCAUUUUACAAGCAUUUGAAUGCUGAAGGUGCUGUGCAGAUGUAUGAAUAGCCUAUUAGAAGAGAGAUAAGGCCUAUCUCUCGUUGGCGCAAGCAGCUGUCACUCUCACUGCACACUUAUCUGACAGUCGUACGCAGUUACAUGCAUAACAGUUUGAUAGGCUACUGAAAUGAAGGAGAUAACGCAUCAAUUCAGCCAAAACAGAUGAGGUAUUUUUGGAAUAAAACAAUAUGAGCUCCCAUGGACCGAUGCACUAGUAUCUUAAACAUUUGAACCUGGGAUCGAUGCAUAUCUGUGAAUCAUUGAGCUGGAGAGAAGAACGCAAUUUGCUUUAUCUAUUAACCUACUGCACAUUGUUGACUGCAGGUAUUUAUUUACACUGAACAAAAAUAUAAAUGCAACAUGUAAAGUGUUGGUCCAAUGUUUUCAUGAGCUGAAAUAAAAUAUCCCAGGAGUGUUCCAUAUGCACAAAAAGCUUAGUUCUCUCAUAUUUUGUGCACAAAUUUCUUUACAUCCCGGUUAGUGAGCAUUUUUCCUUUGCCAAGAUAAUCCAUCCACCUGACAGGUGUUGCAUAUUAAGAAGCUGAAUAAACAGCAUGAUCAUUACACAGGUGCACCUUGUGCUGGGGACAAAAGGACACUGAAAUGUGCAGUUUUGUCACACAACACCACAAAGUCACAAGUUUUUAGGGCACGUGCAAUUGGCAUGCUGACUGCAGGAAUGUUCACCAGAGCUGUUGCCAGAGAAUUUAAUGUUAUUUUCAAAGUUGUUUUAGAGAAUUUGGCAGUACAUCCAACCGGCCUCACUACCGUAGACCACGUGUAACCACACCAGCCCAGGACCUCAAAAUCCGGCUUCUUCACCUGCGGGAACGUCUGUGACCAGCUACCCGGACAGCUCAUGAAACUGUGGGUUUGCACAACUGAUGAAUUUCUGCACAAACUGUCAGAGACCGUCUCAGGGAAUCUCAUCUGCAUGCUCACGUGUUCCAGUUCCUGCCAAUAUCCACCAACUUUGCACAGCCAUUGAAGAGGAGUGGGACAACCAUUCCACAGGCCACAAUCAACAGACUGAUCAACUCUAUGUGAAGGAGUUGUCGCGCUGCAUGAGGCAAAUGGUGGUCACACCAGAUACUGACUGGUUUUCUGAUCCACGCCCCUAUCUUAUUUUUAAAGGUGUCUGUGACCAACAGAUGCAGAUCUGUAUUCCCAGUCAUGUGAUAUCCAUAGAUUAGGGCCUAAUGAAUUUAUUUUAAAAUGACUGAUUUCCUUAUGAACUGUAACUCAGAAUCUUUAAAAUUGUUCCAUUUAUAUUUCUGUUAAGUAUAAAAAAUAAAAUAAUUUUCGGGGUUUUGAAAAUCAUACUUAUCCAGAGCGACUUACAGUUAGUGAGUGCAUACAUUUUUUCAUACUGUGGUUUCGUACUGUGGUUUUGAACUAUUACAUACCUUGGAGAAUAACAGGUGCAAAUCAGUUAAACACUUGGAAGUCCAGUUCCUACUCUACUGUUGUAAUAGAGUUCAUGUUCUUCUGAUCGGCUUCCGUGACUAACUUAUUACCCAAAGCUUGAGGUAUAUUGUUGUGCUGUGCCCAGCUCAUUGAAGUGUAAUGUUCACUCACUGCACCUCCGUGGUGACAGGUCUUUGGGUCCUGUGAUCUGUGUCCAGAGGCUGCCCAGUCUAUAAUGAGAUUGGGCUGCAGGUACUGGUUGUAG